AUGUCCAUACCAGCACAGCACUCGUCAAUCGAAGACUAUUGCAAUGUACAGCUCGAGGCGAUUAUGGAAGAGCUGGUCGCAUCCGUCAGCAGCACCACGGAUAGAAAAGGAGGAGGAGGCUCAGGCCCCACUCGACAUCUGUCACUCGCGUCAGUAUCACCUUGCGGCACCCAGGGGAUCUCUACACCGUCAUUGGGACUGAGUUUGGGAGCCAUUUUCUUAGAAAGUGGGUUUACCGGAAACACAUCCAGCAGCAACGACUACAUCCUUACGUUUGAUGCUUCUGGGCUCGGUAAGAGGGCUUCAUCGGAUUUCAUCAGUGGUGAUUUGGUGCUUCUCCGCUCUCCUCGCUGGAAAAACUACGAGAUGUGCGUUUUUGGUGUAGUCCUGUGUGACUCUGUGGUUGCAGUUGGAGGAAAAACCGGUCCUGGAGGUAAGAUCGGAGGUGGAGAAAGUGACCAGAUCUGUGUGCUUAUUCGUGCUCAACAACGAGACCGAGAUGAUGCAGUCGAAAACUUUGGUGUUUUAACUGAGUUAUGUCUCUCCAAUCAACGAGCGCCCACUUGGCGAUGGUCGAUGCAGCAAGUACACAACACAACCACAAGUGCCCGCGAAUUCCAAGCGAUAAAGGCAAUAUCGUUUUUUCCAAACGAUCUGAAGCAAGUUCUACUACGCGGACAGCUAGUACCAACUACUAGGCCAGAGAAGAAACCUGUCGCUUCAUCUUCGAUGCUCUCGUCGCGCCUACUGAAGUAUCUUCACAAGCAUUACAACGACUCGCAAGUCCUGGCAAUCCUUGGAUGUCUGGGAGAAGAUAGCCGAGUCAUCAUUCAAGGACCGCCCGGUACAGGUAAAACUAAGACGAUUCUCGGGCUUCUUUCUGCUUUGCUGGAUGGUGCUGGUCUAGCUACACUCCAGAAAACAAAGGGCACGACGCGUAUUCGGGUGGGAGCGUCACUGCAAAACGCACGAGCGUCUGCGGUGUCUAAGACUGUAGCUGAAACUUCGAUUCGUGUUCUCGUGGCUGCACCAAGUAAUGCUGCCGUCGAUGAACUGGUGCUACGAGUUUUGAGCGAAGGCUUGUACGACGGCGAGAAAGGAGAGUCCUACCGCCCUCGUAUCGUACGUGUCGGUCGCCCGGAAAGCAGCCAGCAACUUGCAAGCGUAGCCGCAGCUCGAGAAGCCAGCGAAAGCAAGAAAAACCGCAAGAAAAUGCGAAAAUACGCCCGUGAGGUGGAAGAAGUUCUACUCGAAAGUUUGGUGACGAAGCACCGCAGCACUUUUCCGACUGCGAAGCAGGCGCGCCAAGCAAUCAUUAAGAAUGCUCAGAUCGUGUUCUGCACGCUUAGUGGAGCGGGAUCCGUGGCGAUGUGUGAGUUUGCACAGGACUUCGACGCGCUCAUCAUUGACGAAGCAGCCCAGGCUGUAGAAGCGAGCACACUUAUCCCGUUCAAGUUCCGACCACAUCGAGUUGUACUGGUGGGCGAUCACCGACAACUACCGGCUACUGUGAUUUCGAAGAGCCUCGUGUCCAUGGGCUACGAUCGGAGUCUGCAGCAGCGGCUCGUUGAAAAUGGCUCGCCAGUGUUGCUGUUGAAUCAGCAGUAUCGAAUGCACCCUGAGAUCUCCGAGUUCCCGUCCGCGUACUUCUACGGAGGGAGGCUGGUACAGGACGACAACAUGCGCGAGUGGACUACGCAGGACUACCAUCACGACCGUGCUUUCAAGCCUUUACUGUUUUUGGAUGUGCAAGGAGCUCAAACUCAGGUGAAUGGGUCCACAUCGCUACGGAAUAUGAGCGAGGUGGAGGCUGUGAUCCAACUAGUUCGACGCCUGCUGACGAAGUUCCCUCGAAUCGAGUGGAAGAAGCGCAUUGGUGUCAUCGCGCCGUACAAACAACAGAUCUAUGAAGUGCGUGGAGCAGUCGGAAAGCUGGAGGCAGAGUUUGACCGCCAUCUUGGAAUCGAAGUGAACACAGUGGACGGCUUCCAGGGCCGCGAGAAGGAGAUUAUCAUCUACUCGUGUGUCCGCACGAGUUAUGGCGGCCGCAGGAAGAGAAAGAAACGCAAUCGUGGCAAUGAGGAUGACGACGUGCUCGACGCUUUCUGGGCUGACGAGCGACGGAUGAAUGUCGCCAUCACUCGUGCCAAGAGCAGUCUGUGGAUCGUCGGGAACUCGAAGCUGUUGAACCAAAGUCGCGCAUGGCGAGCUCUCAUCCAGCACACGAAAGAUCACGAUAGAUACAUCGGCGACAGUGUUGCCACGCUAAGCUCCUCUAGCUCAUCGACUCGGAAGACGAGUAAGACACCCACACCCAGCACGUCCAAUAAAUAG